UUAAAUAGAUCUUACAUGAAUGAAUGCUGUUAUCUUUGUUGUUUACUUUAUAGACCUAAUCUUACUAGUCGAGACUUCUUUUGAUUACUGUUUCAUGGAAAAAUCAAAAUCAUGCCAAACUUCUGAAGUUGGAGAAUUUCGAGCAAUCCUGGCAUCACCACAAGAAAACAAGGACACAAAGAAUAAACUAGAUGAAUCAAAUGGAAGUCUUAUGAAAGAAAAUGAGGAUAAAAAUUUGGAACGUGAAAAUGAACCAGUAAAAGAUGCCAGUAGUAUGAAUACUAGCAGUAUGAAGGUUCAGAGUGAUGAUGAUACAAAGAGUAAAGAAACACCCACUGACCGAACCACUGACACUGUUUCACAAGGUGAUACAAAUGACAGCAAAAAAGAAAAAGUUGAAAAACCAGCAGGAACAAAAGAGAAGCUCAAAAAGACUGGGAAAGUGACGGCAGAGAAAAAGGGUCCUUCUGCAGCCAAGCCGGAAAAGUCUUUAGAAGAGUUUCCAAAAGAUCUAACUGGAUUUGGCUAUAAAUUUAAUCAAGAUGGACAUAUGGUGUCUGUUGAGACAGGCGAGUCGUUUAAGUUUGAAGUACGUAAAGGUAACAAGAAAUAUAACCAGAAACACUACGAGGCAUUAGGAGAAGUAAUUACACCAAUGGUUUAUGAUUUACUGAUUGAAAAAGCACAACUAGUGAAGCAUUUCAUACCAGUCGACAGGGAACCAGAAGAGCCAUUUUCAUUCAUCUUUGCAUCAGAUGAUGCAUUCACCAAUGAAGAGAAACUGAUGGUAAUAAUACAUGGAAGUGGAGUAGUGAGAGCUGGUCAAUGGUCUCGAAGUCUAAUUAUCAAUGACUGCUUGAACAGUGGUACACAACUACCUUUUAUCAAAAGAGCAGCUGAUGAAGGGUAUGGCAUUAUUGUGUUCAAUGGAAACAGAAACCACGAAGAUGACGAUGAAAAGAAACGUGAAAUUAGGGUAAGGCAAAAAAAGCUUUUUUUUUUCUUACAUUUUCAUGACAUUUUAAAAUUUCAUUUUACACGAAACAAAAAAAUUCAGGCUAUGUUAUCAUUACACGAAACAUGAAACAAAUGAAGCUUAGGUACGUAUGUAUAAGAAAAGAAGCCUUAAACGAAA